AUGUCUGAUAAACCAUAUAAAUCAACGCAUAUUAACAUGCAUGUGAAAAAGUACCGGCUGCAGGACGCGGCGGGCGGGGGAGCCUCGCAGCCGCCCACACCCGACCUGCAGCAGCAACAGCAGCAGCAGCAGCACCAGCAGUUCUCGUCGCCGUCCACCAGCAGCGCGCCGGCGGCAUCGCUCCCCAACCCACAGACCGCCAGCGCGCCCGUCGUCGCGCCCACGCCCGCUGCCCCGCCCGCAACCCCCGCCGCCGCCGCUGCUGCUGCACACGCGGGGUCCUCGCCCGUAGCCUCGCAGCAGCAGCAGACGCAGCAGCAGCAGCAGGCUGUCUCACAUAGUACGAAGUCUGAGGAAAAGGGCGAACAGCAUGCCGACGCCCACUACAUCUCAGCGAACUGUGUCGUCCUCACCUACUUCAGCGGAGACCUCGCUACAGCGGUCGAUGAACACUUCUCACGGGCUCUGACACAGUCUUUUAGCAAGUCCACCAAAGAUCCGUGCCCGAUGUCCCAGAGGAACCUCCCGGCGUCCUUCUGGAACAGCCACUACCACGCGGGUAUGUCCGGGUACCCGACGGCGGGCAGCUCCGUCACCCUCACAGGCCACGAGUCGCUCUACCCGGACUACUCGAGCCUGCACGGCCUACACCAGGGGGAUCCGUGGGCCUACAACCUCACGGCGGCGGGGCAGUACGGCCAUCACCGCUCUAUGGCAGAUUUCACGUAUAUGCCAUCGUCUUCCAGGUAUCCUCACAACUACUCCUCGCUCCUGAUGGGUCGUCCUCGGCUGCCGCAGUGUGUCGUGGGCAAAGCUGAUCCUUGGAGCGCCGCGCCCCGACUCCACGAUGACGUCACACUCGACCCGACGGCGGCUUACACUCAUCACUUCUCGUCUAUGACAGGUCUGGAAGGCACCGGAGCGACCCAAGAAGCGAGCAAGGAUCUGUACUGGUUCUAGAAGGUUCUUCCUGGCACGAAGAAGGUUCUAGAAGUUCUUCCUGGCACGGAGAAGGUUCUAGAAGUUCUUCCUGGCCCGGAAAAGGUUCUAGGUGGUUCUUCUUGGCACACAGAAGGUUCUAGAAGUUCUUCUUGGCACAGAGGAUGCUCUAGGCGAUUCUUCCUGACACAGUUUCUCUUGAAACCAAGAAGUUUAUAGACGAUUCUUGGCAGGAGAAGGUUCUAGAGGUUCUUCUUGGCAGGAAAAAGAUUCUAGAUGCUUCUUCUCGGGCCGGAGAAUGUUCAAGAGACUCCUCUAGGCAUGGAGAAUGUUCUAUAAUGUUCAACUUAGCCCAGAGAGGCUUCUAAACGAUUCUUCUUGGC